GCCUUAUCCUGUCCUCUUGUUCUGUCACAUGCACUACUACAUCAUGUGAGGCGCAUGAGGCCGGAGAGUUCUUUCCUCUUCCGCACCAGCCCAGCCAUGGCCAAGGUAGCUCCCUCCCUCCUUGCCGUCGGCAGCGGCGCUUCCUUCACCGCGCUGCCAUCGCCCAGGAAAGGUGCCAGUUUUUUCCGCGAUCGCGUCGUCAGCAGGCGUGCCAGGAUUUCAGCUAAGCUCGGUGGAGAUGGGGAGCUGAAGCCUCAAGGCAAGAAGAAGUUCAUCACCAGGGAAGAGGAACCAGAACAGUACUGGCAGACUGCAGGGGAGAGGGAGGGUGAGAACCCCAUGAAGACGCCCCUGCCCUACAUCAUCAUCUUCGGCAUGUCCACCCCCUUCGUCAUCCUCGCCAUCGCCUUUGCCAAUGGAUGGAUCAAGGUCCCCGUACGAUGAGCUCAUGUCAUCGCGUGACCAGAUUUUGGAAGCUUCCGGUCAAGCACCUCGUCACUGCCUAUAUCUUCUCCAGCGAGAGCCCUGCGAGUUUUUAUGCCUUUAUAGAGAUAUAAGAAUCAAUGCUUUGUAAGCACAGUAUGAAUGAUCGAUCAUAUGUGUAUGUAGCCCAACACCUUCGAAGCUCAGAAGUAUUUACAGUACCUCUUAGAACUUCAGUCCACGUUCCGGUUUAAGGUUUUGUAUCAAUCUUCAGUUCAUGCAAUGCGCCAAUGCCUUGGUUCUUCACACACACAAGACAAGGUUUGUAGCAUCAGCAGUUGUCGAGAACAAUCACAGGCCCAACUAUGACUUGACUUUUGGUGAA